UUCUGUAUAGCUUUCAAUGUUUUCUCUUUUGUUUGAUUUAUUGCUCUGAUCUUCGAUUUCUUGUUGUCUCGAGCAAUGGAAUCCGUUUGCAUGUCGUUCUUUCUCUGAUCAGUAUGUCAUAGCGGGUUUAUUUGCAUUGAAUCUCUAGCGUUUUAAAUGAAUUUGCGGCCGCAUGCAAAUAUUGUCGCUGAAAGCUGGUUGCUCUGGUUUGCGAGCUUGUGAUGAAUUGGUUAUUUGAAUGGGAAAUGACAGAGAAGAGUGGAAAUUGGGUUCUUUGGCUUCUUUAUUGUUUUGGACGAGUAAUGGUGCUUGAUGCAGGCUAACAAAGGCCGUCUUUCAGUUAUCAAUGUUGUGGUGUCUCAAAGAAGGAAUGGAUGGUCUACAUAUUGGAGAUUGACAUGAAAGUGCUGUUUCUUCUACUGCAACUUUUCACAUUGAACAAAGUUGUGUUGGGAAUUCAGCAUCAUGACAUCUUCUGUGCAUGACCAGUCAUCUAAUUCAGAUAAGGAUGUAGCAGAUGAGCAGCAAAAGCAAUCAGAACCACAAAUUGAACAACAGACUCCUGGAAAUGGAGUUACUAAUGCUGGCGUGACAUCCCCACCUGUGGAGUAUACAGCACAUCCACAUGUUGAAGUGGGACAUGCUGUGGCUCAAGCUGCUUAUCCGUAUCCAGAUCCUUACUAUAGAAGCAUAUUUGCUACAUAUGGUGCACAGCCUAUGAUCCAACCUUCAUUGAUGGCAGUUCAACCUGGCAUUCCUUUGCCAUUAGAUGCAGUUGAAGAGCCUGUAUAUGUGAAUGCUAAGCAAUAUCAUGGCAUCUUGCGUCGCCGACAAUCCCGUGCAAAAGCUGAAUUAGAAAACAAAUUGAUCAAAUCUCGGAAGCCUUACCUACAUGAAUCUCGACAUUUGCAUGCCAUGAAAAGAGCUAGAGGCUGUGGUGGUCGGUUUCUCAAUUCCAAGGCUGAUGACAAGCAGCAGCGAUUGGAGGUAAUACCAGGCAAUGAGACACGGUCUAAUAACAAUCUGGACUCUGACAAAAAUCAACAACCUUCCUCGGAGAGGGCAUCUUAAAGUAAUUGUGUGCUUUGGCAAUACUGUGACAGACAGAAGCUAAUAAUGAGCCUGGGAAACUUGGUUACUGAUGGAUCUACUGACUACUGUAGCAUGGUGUUGCUGGUUUUCAGGAGAAGUCACGUUCUUUAGCCCAUAGGAGUAGUCAGAUCUGAAGUAUGUAUAGUACUUUUGAUUGUUAAUUUGUAGGAAGGUUGUAGAAUUGACUCGAGCAAUUAAAUUUAGAAGCUCGAGUUGUGGUGUGUUGUGCAGGUGGAAUGGAUUUUCCUUGGUCUUUGAUAUUUGUUUGUAGAGAGAGAGAGGACAAACUUCUCCUGUUGGAAAUUUUAGUUCUGUAAUGCAGCUGUGUGUGUGAUUGAGGCUGAUGCUACAAAAUGUCUUUGUUAAAUAUAGGGUGGUUGUGAGUCUUGUGAC